AUGCCACACACGAACCGCAAAAAGAAACCCCCAAGCUCCAGCGCAAGCAAACGCACCCAAAUCACCGACGAAACCGGCUGGACGCACGUCACAACAACCGGCAACGCGCACCGAGCACGCCGCCAACACCACCCACCACAACCCUCCGAUACCCCUACCCCUCCACCCAAGAUCAACAACAACAGCAACAGCAACAGCAACAACACCAAAAACACGGAAAUCCCAAACCCAAACCCCCUCCUCCAACCCGCCGAAGCCCCCAAAUCACUGACCCUACCCGCCCUGCAAACGCAAUACCGCGCCCAUUUCGAGAAAUGGAUUGCUUCGGAGACGGCCGCGACGUUGAGGGGGACGGUUCGAAGGGAGGUAGCACAACAGCGUGAAGGACAACCAGAUACUACAUCCUCCUCGGGAUCAACAUUAUCACACAGACAGGGAACCCCAAGAAUCACAAAUAUAAUCUGCAUCGGCCUGGGUAGUCCGAGCGGAUUCCUCCGCGGAGGAUGGGUGGAUCGUCGGAGUGUCUCGCUGUAUCAGCUGUGCGCGCUGAUGAGUGUGGUUGAGUGUUUUGCCCCAAACACCACAGCCCAAGACGCCACCACAACGACCCCAACCCCCACACAAAAACCAGAACAAGAACAUGAACCAAUCCCCGGAAAAGCACCCCUUCCAAUCUACGCCCAAGACCCCGUCUUCAACGAGCUCGACCGCUCCCUCCUAACAACACUCGGAAUCACCGUCGUAGAGCACCCAACGGGAUUCGAGAAAGUGGAGGCCGGCGGAUCGCUCCUGUUCUGUCCGGGAGCAGAGAAGACGCAUCUCGAGUUGUUGCUGGCGCAGAAGCCGGCGUGCGUGGUGGGGGGACCCUUGGAGGAGACAAUGGAGUCUUCUUCUUCUGGGGACAUUGCUCGGUUUGUGACAGCCACCGAGUCGGUGCGGUUACCGAGGUUUGAGGAGAUGAAGGAGGCGUUUUGGGGGAUGAGGGUUUAUUAUCCCCGGACUGAUGAUCAUGAUCAUGGAGUUGAGGAGUGA